AUGGUGAUGAUGCUAAUGAUAAUGAACUCAAUUGGGAGUGAUCCUAAUGGGAUAUGGAUGUGGAUUGGUUCCAUUCCCAAUGGUAUAGAGAUGCUUCCCGAUCUUGGAAUAAAUCGUAUUUAUAAUAAUUCAUUUGAAGGAAUUAUUCCUUCUUCAAUUAGUCUACUUAAAGAUCUUCAACACCUAGACUUCGGUGACGACAACCUUGUGGUUUCAAGUUCAGUCUCUGAGAUUAACCUUAGUGAGAAACAACUUGAUGGAAUGCUGUCCGAGUUUGGUUUCACUUCAUUUCCAAAUCUCAACAAUCUCACCCUCGCAAUUAACUACUUCUCGGGUCCAAUACCACCAGCCAUUGAGAAUUUAACACAGCUUCAAUAUCUUGAGUUGAGCAAUAAUUAUCUAGAUGGUCCCAUUCCUUUCCAGGUUAGCAAUCUUCAGAGGUUGCUCAUCUUAAACCUGUCAGAGAAUGAACUGCAAGCUCCAAAUUGGUCCAAUUUUUCCCCCAUGCCUUUUUUGACCAUCCUCGACCUUUAUAAAAAUAAUCUUUUGUCAGAAUUUCCCGAAUUUAUAUCUAACUCGUGUAACCUUACGUACCUUGACCUCUCAUCCAACAAGUUUAGAGGGGAUCUUGCGCGAGAAUCAGUAUUAACCAAUCUAGGUGAUCUUGAAACCCUCUAUCUUAUUAGAAAUUCUUUCAAGGGGUCAUUUCCGUCAGAUUUAUUCAAGCUUUCUAAAUUAAAACGUCUUCACCUGUCGAGCAACAAAUUUUCAGGUUCAAUUCCUAAUGCCAUAAGGUUGCUUUGUGAUCUUGAAUUCCUAUAUUUAGGCAACAAUUCCUUUGAAGGACUGCUUCCACCAAAUAUAUUUAAGCUUUCAAAAUUAAAACAUCUUGUUCUUCGGAGUAAUAAGUUUUCAGGAUCUGUUUCCAAUGAUAUAAAUUUGCUUCCUGAACUUGAAUAUCUCGAUCUUAAUUCUAAUUUUUUUGACGGGCCGCUUCCUCCAGAUGUAUUCAAGCUCUCCAAACUAAGGUUUCUUUACCUCUCGGGUAAUACCUUUUCACGUUCUGUUUCCAAUGAUAUAGGUCUAAGUUCCAGUAAUCUCAGUGGCAAUAUUCCAUCUUACAUUGGAAACCUGAAGCUACUAAUAUCUCUUGAUCUCAGUUCUAAUCAAUUGACUGGACCGCUUUCAAAGCUCGUUUCUAAUGUCACAAAUCUUAUAUUUCUUGAUUUAAGAGAUAAUAGUCUUAGUGGAAAUAUUCAGACUGACUUGUGGAAAUAUAACGAUCAUCCAACUCUGGAAUACAUCAAUUUGAGUGGGAACUAUUUUACGGGUGAGCUUCCAACAACAAUUUGCAAUGUCACUUCCCUUUCGGUUCUUGAUUUGUCAAAUAAUAACUUAAGUGGUGCACUUCCAAAAUGUUACGGGAAUCUUGCUGAUGGAUUGCUUUACAUUAAUCUUGCGAAUAAUCACUUUCGAGGAACAAUACCCACUACUUUCUCCAGGAGUUGUCAGCUGAUAUAUCUGAACAUGGAUGAUAAUGAGUUUGAAGGAUUGAUGCCCCCAUCUUUGGCGAACUGUAAGCACUUGAAAAUUUUUGAUAUUGGCAAUAAUAAAAUAGGUGGUACAUUUCCGUCAUGGCUUUAUGCACUUGGAGAGCUAGAAGUCCUUGUCUUGCGAUCAAAUAAACUCUAUGGUACAAUAAGUGGAAGGAGCAUAGAAGAUCCCUUCCCCAAGUUGCGGAUUGUGGAUCUGUCCAACAAUCAAUUCACAGGCCAUUUGCCAAUUCAAUACUUUAAGAAUAUGAAAUCAACUGAUAAUUUGUAUCGUUAUCAGAAUGACACAGGAGUUUUUUCUUUCCAUUAUGAAGCAUCUGUCUCAUUAACUGUGAAGGGAACAGAGUAUGAAGUGAAAAAUAUCCUUCAUAUUUACACAACCAUUGAUCUGUCCUGCAACAAGUUUCAAGGAGAAAUUCCUGACGUUAUUGGAGAGCUUAGAUGGCUUGCAUUGCUGAACUUAUCUCAUAAUAGUCUAACAGGACAUAUCCCAUCAUUGCUGAGAAAUAUGAAAGGACUCCAAUCUUUAGAUUUGUCUUCAAAUCAACUGAAAGGGGCUAUUCCACUUCAGUUAACUGCAUUGACAUUUCUAGAGGUCUUGAACCUCUCGGGAAACCAUCUUAGUGGAGAGAUUCCUCAGAAAGGGCAGUUCAGCACAUUUAACAUUGAUUCUUAUCUAGGAAACUCCGCGUUAUGUGGUUCACCUUUGAUGAAGAAAUGUGCAAACACAGCAUCACCUCCACAAGAAGCCGGAAAUGGUGAUGAAGAUGAAGCUGGUGAUGAAUUGACAUGGGAAGCAAUCGUGAUGGGAUAUGGAUGUGGACUGAUAUGUGGAUUGUCAUCUGCAUACAUUGUUCUCAAACUAGGAAAGCCUUGGUGGUUUGUGAGAUAUAUCGAAGUACUGCAACAGAAGUUGAUGAAAAGAUAUGCAUGA